CCCAUCUCAUGCAAGACGUCCCUGAGCAUAUCAGCUGGUUUUCCUUUGUUCCUGUUCUUCCUUGGCUCGGACACAAAUCUGAAAAUGUCCUGGACGCAGACUGUUCUUUUCACCUGUCUUGUUGUAGUGCUUUCCCUCACCUCGUUCCAAGGGACUGACAGCGCCGCUGUGUCAGAUAAGAAGGAUUCAAAGGAAGCCAACCCUCAAGGUCCACUACAGAAGAUCUUCAUGCCUGAAGCAGAUGCCUACAACUUCUUCAGACGGCGAGGCAGAAGAGCUGUGAAAAGUCAGGAUGAGAUUAAUGCUGAACAGAUGCAGAGACUGGCCGCAGACAAGAGGAAGAGAGAGUAUCAUGAGGAACAGAGGAAUGAGUUUGAGAGCUACGCUGAAGAGGAACAUGACGAGCAAGAUGAGCGUACCAGAGAGAAGACAGAGCAAUGGAGAGAAUUCCAUUACGAUGGACUCGACCCGUCUUAUGAGUACAACAGACACACAGUCUAAAACAGCAGUUACCUACAAGGAAAGGGGUGAAGGAGAUGAGUUCCUGACCAGCAACAUCUACAGAUGCUGUGCUCUAUCAAGCGGAGACCAAAAUUAACAUCUGAGAUCUUGUUUUAAAGUGUUUUUGGCACAACGUUUGCAGUAAACAUGCACAUGCUAAAGUGGAUAACAAUGUAGGCCCAUUUGGGUAAAACAAUAUUCAUGCAUGUAGAAAAUAUAGAAUCCAUGUAUCAUAGUUCUUUAAAAAGAUGUACAUUAAUUCCAAGAUUUUUAUAUAGGCUACUCUUUACCCUAGUAGGGUCAUUUCGUGUCAACUCAACCAGAGGUCCCCAGCUCAAAAUGUUGAUUUUGAUAUUUUUGUUCUGGUGAAAGAAAUACAUAAAUGAAGAUGAAAGCCAAAAUAUUAAAUGCCAUGGAUUAAUAUUUACAGAGUAAUCGACUAUUUUGUAGAGGGGGGUCAAAAUGACAAUUGUCACCUAUGAUUUUGAAGCAAAACCACAGAUAAAAAAAAAAAAAAACAACUUUAGAAAGAUGGCAGCAUCAUUAUUUUAUUUUUACACAUAGAUUGGUAGGUCUGUUACUAAAACCAGUUGACUUUAGCAAUCCUUGUAGCAUUAUAUGCCAAUGGUGACAGUCUUUUUCCAAAGUUGGC